AUUGUUAAACGUCGAUUGGUUGAGCACGUUUCACUUGUGACGUUGAUCAGAUGAAUCGAAAGUCAAUAUUUUCUAUUGAGUAUUGUUAGAGGAAUUCAACCCGUACCACCGUCCAAAAAUCAUUUAUAUUUACACUGUAUUCUAAAAUGUGAUCCGCAAAUAAAUAAAAUCUUGUAAAAUCCUCAAUUAUGUUAACGUUUCUUCAUUCGCAAUCCUACGAAUUUUACCCCAGUGAAUGAAAAAUCAGUGAUUGAAACCUGAUCAAGUAAUUCCACACAAAAUACCAUACAAAUUUCAGAGCGUCGAUCUAAAUCGUCAAUUGACUCAACAGUCGUCACCAGGGCCUCAACUUUUUGCUCCCCAUAAUCAACAAGAAAAAAAAAAUAAAAUCUAUUCAGCUGUCAAAGAACGAAAGAAAGUCUCACAGUUACACCAAAAUUAUCAGUUCGUCAACCCGCAAAAUUACCGCGUGUAAUAUAAAAGCGAAGUUAAACUGCACGAAAAAAUACCGGAAUAAAUAGACAAAGAAAAAUGGCAUGCUGUGGACAUUCGCCUCCGUCACCUGCAACUUCUUCAUGCUGCAAACCCCAAAAACCAGUCUAUCCCUGCUGUCCAGCGCCACGUCCACCCUGUCCGCCAGGCUGCACAGUGACGAUACCCCCGAAACGAGAACCACAACCGAAAUGCUACGUUCCUAGAAUUCCUUGUUGCAGGCCAGGCUGUUUUCAUAAACGAAGACCGCCCUGCUGCAGAUAUCUCUGGUGGCGUCUACCGUGUAAAGCGAGCUGCUUCGAAGUGUGGUAAUUUCUAACUGGUGGGGAUAGCAGCGUACUGGUGCGACUCGAAGUACGAUAGUUUUUGGUUCUGUAACCUGGAUUUUUCGAAUAUUUAUAGCCAUAAUUCUGUAAAAAGUAUAGUUGCAAAAUUGUAUGAAUCAGAUCAUAUAAAUGUAUAAUUUCAGAGGAAUGGUUUUCCUUGGCAAUAAAAAUGUGUG